CUUUCCGGCAGAAGAAACAAACAGUGCAAAAGUCCGAGCGCGAGCGCGGAGCAUCGGAUUAUGGCCUUAAUCUGAUUAAUCUGAUUAUUAAGCCAAUAUUAAUGCUUCAGGACGCGGAGGGCGGAGGAUCCGAGCGGGGAAGAUGGCCAGCACCGCGGUGGCCGUGGGCCUUGCCUUGGCAGCAGCAGGAUUUGCAGGACGCUACGCAAUGCAGGCCAUGAGGCAAAUGGAGCCUCAAGUGAAGCAAGCUCUCCAGGCUUUUCCUAAAACUGCUUUCGGAAGCGGUUUCUACAGAGGAGGUUUUGAACCAAAGAUGACGAAGAGAGAAGCUGCUCUUAUUCUUGGAGUCAGUCCCACUGCCAACAAAAACAAGCUCAGAGAGGCACACAGAAAGCUUAUGGUUCUAAAUCAUCCUGACCGAGGUGGAUCUCCGUAUCUUGCAGCAAAAAUAAACGAAGCUAAAGAUUUACUUGACGGUCAAGCCAAGAAAUAGUUUAUUACAUACUCACUGAUUGAGCCCUGUCUGCACUUGAGUUCUGUGAUCAUUAAAAUCGUUUAUUGUACCA